AUGCAAACCGAGUCAUCAUGGGCCAUCACAGCAGUGAGCGCGGUGGAAAUGGCGUACGCGUUAGUGGCUGCCUCGACGCCCUCCAUGGAUCUCCCAAGCGCAUAUCACUACAGCAGGUGCUGGACUGCAGGAACAGAACCAGCAGCAGUUGUGCGGCGGGCGGGUGGUCGACCCACCCGCACCCCUUCCCCCUGCCGUCACCCACCCUUCCCACCCCCCAACCCCGUAGGUGCUACUGCAGGAACAGCAGCUGUUCUGCCAGCGGCCGCGCCACUCCCUUUCGCGUCACCCACCGUUCUCCUCUCCUUCUCUCAACCCCCAACCCAACCCCUCAGGUGCUGGACUGCAGGAAUAGCACGAGCAGCAGCUGUGCGGCGGGCGGGUGGUCGACCCACCCGCACCCCUUCCCCCUGCCGUCACCCACCCCUCCUGCCUCUCCCCACCCACAACCCAUCAGAUUCUGGACUGCAGGAACGCAACGAGCAGCAGCUGUGCAGCGGGCGGGUGGCCGACAACAGCGCUGGACUACAUGGUGGACGCCACGCUCACGUGGGGGGGGCUUGCGAGCGAGUCUGGGUACGCGUACACGUAGAAGGACGGCAAAUGCAACAGGGGAAAGGUACAGCUGGGGGAGGUAUGCCUGGGGGAGGUAUGCCUGGGGGAGGUAUGCCUGGGGAAGGUAUGCCUGGGGGAAAGGACGCUGACGUGGCGGGGCUUGCCGCCGAGGCUGGCUACGCAUACGCGCAGAAGGACGCCAAAUGCAACAGGGGAAAGGUAUUCUUGUGGCAGUCAAAGCUUGUACUAAAUUGUGCUCAUCCUUUCCUUUUUCCCUCCAACACUCCUUCCCUCCUCUCUUCCUCCACCUCUCCCUCCCCCCUUUCUCCCUCCACCUCUCCCUCCCCCCUCUCUCCCUCCACCUCUCCCUCUUUCCUCUCUCCCUCCACCUCUCCCUCUUUCCUCUCUCCCUCCACCUCUUCCUCUUCCCUCUCUCCCUCCACCUCUUUUUCUUUCCUCUCUCCCUCCACCUCUCCCCUUCCCCUUCCCCCGUACACGCUUCCCUUCCGCCCUCUUCCCCAGGGCAUAUGCAGCGACGCAGGGUGUGCAGCGGCAGGGGUGGUGGAUCACAGUGUGGUGGUGAUGGGGUACAGCUUAACGUCAUCGGAAGGCGCCUACUGGAUCCUCCGCAACUCCUGGGGGGGCACGUGGGGCAUGCAGUCACCGCAGAACCCAUGUGGGGGGGGCACGUGCGAGGAGGUGAUGGAUAGAUUCUACACGUGCUCGUGCCUGGACCCGCUCUUCAUUCCCGUUGCCGACAAGGGCGGCACCCAGACGUGUGUGUUUGUCGACGUGUGCAGCCAGCAGGACGAAAACCCGUGUGCAGUCGGCACGUGCAUCAACGACAAGGCGGGCGGCUUCUUUUGUCUCUGUCCACCGGGAUUCGACCAGGGGUACCGCCCGAACGGUGCUCACACAUGCGUCCUAACCUCCAACCCCUCAUACACCGUCAUCUUCCCAAUAGACAUCAGCUGUCCGCUCGUCUACCAGCUCUACGGCCUCACAGAGGAGGCGUUUCUCGCUCAGAACCCCAACCUGGGAAUGGAUCACUGCAAGUCCAUCCCGGCCAACACGGCAGUGAGCGUGGCGCCACCCCUCAAGGGGGCAGUGUACUUGCGAAACCAUCCUUGCCAACACGGGAGUGAGCGUGGCACCACCCUCAAGGGGGCAGUGUAUUGUGCGCUCUACUACUCGUGGACGGAAAAUGACACGUGUGAGAGCGUGGCGGACAGUUUCUGGCUCACAGUGGACGACUUUCUGACGCUCAACCCCGGAAUCAACUGCACGGAUUGCACCACCUGGAACGCUCUGAGCGUGAACCAGCAGCUGUGUGUGGCGAAGGGCAGCGGGGGAGGGGACGUGCCCACGCUGCCCAUGUGCACGGCAUGGUACACAGUACACUCGGGGGACACAUGCGAGAGCAUCAUGAAGGAUUUCGCUCUCAACCAAACCACCUUCUUCUCACUCAACCCGGGCGUGGGCUGCGACAGCCUCUUCGCGUCUGUUGGGGGCAGCAGCCUCGGCUGGAGUGGGGGUGGUGUGCAGGUGAGGGAAUGGCAGCAGGUGAGGGCUGGGGAGGAGAAAAUGGAGAUAAUAAUCCUCUUCACGUCUGUUGGGAGCAGCAGCCUCGACUGGAGUGGAGGUGGUGUGCAGGUGAGCGGUGGGGAGCAGGUGAGGGGUGGGAUGCAGGUGAGGGGAUGGCGUGCUGGUGAGGGGUGGGAUGCAGGCUCGUCGACCCAGUCUCUCCCCCCACCCUCCACGCCCGCCCACCCAUCCCCUUGGGCCAUCGCAGCACCGCGCCUCGAAAUUAGAGCAGCGUGCCUUGAGGUUAUAGCAGCGUGCCUCGAGAUUGGAGCAGCGUGCCUCGAGAUUGGAGCAGCGUGCCUCGAGAUUGGAGCAGCGUGCCUCGAGAUUGGAGCAGCUUGCCUCGAGAUUAGAGCAGCGCGCCUCGAGAUUAGAGCAGCGUGCAUCGAGACUAGACAGACCGAACCAAAGCCCCUUUUCUCCCCUCGAAAGGGAUCACCCCCUCGAAAGGGAUCAGCCCCGAGCUACCGAUGCAGCGCGAAUCCCGCGGUGGCCUCGGUGGCUCCCAAGUACGCGAACCGGUUCUUCCGGCUGAUCAGCACCCUCUUCGACGCGUCGACGGGGAAUGUCAUAACGGAAAUCCUUACCAACGGUCGCAACUGGGUGGAGGACCCGCGCCUCGAGCCCGUUCUUGCGCUGCGCUCCGAAGGCAAAUGCAAGGCAUCAUGGGCAAUCACAGCAGUGAGCGCGGUGGAAAUGGCAUACGCGUUAGUGGCUUCCUCAACGCCCUCCAUGGAUCCCCCCCAGCGCCUAUCAGUACAGCAGGUGCUGGAAUGCAGGAACAGCACGAGCAGCAGCUGUGCGGCGGGCGGAUGGCCGACGGCAGCGCUGGACUUCAUGGUGGACGCCACAAUGACGUGGGGGGGGCUCGCCUGCGAGGCUGGGUACGCGUACACGCAGAAGGACGGCAAAUGCAACCGCAACAAGGCGAAGCAGCAGGCGACGGCCAUAGGCAUCACGGGGUACGACCAGGUGGACUACUACGGCUGGCUUGGCCUGAUGCUCGCUGUUUACGCUCAGCCCACCAUUGCAUUCGUGCGAGGCUCCUACCCCUCCUUCCAGACAUACACAGAUGGCUUAUACUAUGACCAGGGGUGUGCAGCGGCAGGAGUGGUGGAUCACAGCGUGGUGGUGAUGGGCUACAGCAUCUCCGCGGUGGAGGGCGCCUACUGGAUCCUCCGCAACUCCUGGGGGGCUGGCUGGGGCAUGCAGGGAUACAUGAAGAUGUCAUUUGAGGGAGGCGUUGGCAUCUGUGGCAUUCACUCAGUGCCGGCCCUCUACCCCAUCAUCCAGACGCCCUUGCCAUGCCAGUCACCGCAGAACCCAUGUGGGGGAGGCCAGUGCGAGGCGGGCAUGGGUAGCUACUAUGGAUGCGUGUGUCUGGAUCCCAUUUUCAUUCCCGUUGCCGACAAGGGCGGCGCGCAGACGUGUGCGUAUGCCGACGUGUGCAGCCAGCAGGACGAAAACCCAUGUGCGGUCGGCACGUGCAUCAAUGACAAUGCGGGCGGCUUCUUUUGUCUCUGUCCGCCGGGAUUCGACCAGGGUUACCGCCCCAAUGGCGCUCACACAUGCGUCCCAUCCACCCCCCCCUACACAUACACCGUCGUCUUCCCAAUAGACAUCGACUGUCCGCUCGUCUACCAGCUCUACGGCCUCACAGAGGAGGCGUUUCUCGCUCAGAACCUGCAGCUGGGCGUGGAUCACUGCGAGACCAUCCCGGCCAACACGGCAGUGACUGUGGCGCCGCCCCUCAUGGGGGCGGUGCACUGUGUGCUCUACUACUCGUGGACGGCAACUGACACGUGCCAGAGCGUGGCCGACAAUUUCUGGCUCACAGUCGACGAUCUGGUGACGCUCAACCCGGGGAUCAACUGCACUGAUUGCACCGCCUGGAACGCUCCGACCGUGAACCAGCAGCUGUGUGUGGCGAAGGGCAGCGGGGGAGGGGACGUGCCAAAGCUGCCCAUGUGCACUAGAUGGUACACGGUGCAGUCGGGGGACACAUGUCAAAGCAUCAUGGCGGAUUUCUCUCUCAACCAAACCGCCUUCUUCUCCCUCAACCCGGGCGUGGGCUGUGACAGCCUCUUCGCGUCUGUUGGGGGCAGCACCUUCGGCUGGAGUGGGGGUGGUGUGCAG